CAAAGUGUUUGUGGCCAUCCCUCUCGCCGCUGCCGUGGGCAUAUUGCGGUGGUUGCCACAGCCGCCAGCUGCUGGUCUGAGUGUGCGUUCACUCCGCAGCUUCACAAACACACAGGGCGAGUGUAAACUGCUCUGUCCAUGUUUUCCGGAAGCGAGGGUGUGAAACAUGGGACAUAUCUCAGGUCAGCAGCUGAUCCUGCCACACACCUAACACAGGAGCCCGUGUGCCCGCCCGUCUGCUGCGCUGUGCGGCCGAACAAUCCUCCGUGUAGAGAGUAAAAUUAAACAGGCACCGCGCAUCCAGACGGGACAUCCCUCCGGAUCCUCUUGAGCGGAAAGCUUAAAGGGGCUUGAGUACCAGAGCCCAUUUGGUUCUGGUGAGACUGAACAUUGGGACCACAGGCUGGCCCGGGUCACGUUGAUGCUGGUGGAAGCUCCCUGCUGCCAUGGCUAUGAGUAGUGAGUCUGGCUGUGAGAGCUUGGAUCCCAACUCUGCCAUACAAACAAGCAGUCUAACAGACAUCAUGGCUGCUAUGACAACAAAAGACUCUGAAAGCUCAGCCGCUAAUGGUGUGAAAAACGGCAAAGCUCAGCAAGACGGGACUCAGGUUAAAAGGACCCAGGUGUUAAGGCCCCACCUGACUGGGAGGAAGCUGUCACUUCAGGAGAGGGGCACUUAUUUGUCAUCAGGCUCUGGUGGAGGCUACACGCACAUUUCGCCUCGUGUGGCUCGUAGGCCGACAGUGGAGUCUAAACGGGUGUCCAUAUCAGACUCUCAGGAUUGUAUCCAGCUGAACCAGUAUAAACUGAAGAGUGAAAUUGGAAAGGGCUCCUAUGGUGUGGUUAAGCUUGCCUACAAUGAAGAUGAUGACAAACAUUAUGCCAUGAAGGUUUUAUCCAAAAAGAAGUUAAUGAAGCAGUGCGGUUUUCCACGUCGUCCACCCCCAAGAGGACCAAAAGCAGCCCAAGGAGAGCAGCCCAAAAUCUUAGGACCACUAGAAAGGGUCUACCAAGAGAUUGCCAUCCUUAAAAAACUUGACCAUGUCAAUAUCGUUAAGCUUGUUGAGGUGCUGGAUGAUCCUUCAGAGGACAACCUUCACAUGGUGUUUGAGUUGAUGCGCAAGGGUCCAGUGAUGGAAGUACCCACGGACAAUCCUUUUUCAGAGGAGCAAGCACGCUUAUACUUCAGAGAUGUUAUCCUGGGCAUAGAGUACUUACACUACCAGAAGAUUAUCCAUCGGGACAUCAAGCCUUCUAACUUGUUAUUGGGGGACGACGGUCAUGUGAAAAUAGCCGACUUUGGGGUCAGCAACCAGUUUGAAGGCAACGACGCUUUAUUGUCCAGCACAGCUGGUACUCCUGCAUUCAUGGCACCAGAGACUUUGUCAGAGAAGCGGAAGAGCUUCAGUGGAAAAGCACUGGAUGUGUGGGCCAUGGGAGUUACCCUCUACUGCUUUGUCUUUGGGAAGUGCCCAUUUAUUGACGAGUACAUAUUGGCUUUGCACAAUAAGAUAAGGACCAAGCCUGUGGAUUUCCCAGAAAAACCAAAGGUCUGUGAAGAGCUGCAGACUCUAAUCUUACGGAUGCUGGAUAAGAAUCCAGACUCCAGGAUCACCAUCCCUGAAAUUAAGAUGGACCAGUGGGUGACCCAGGGAGGCACUGACCCAUUGCCUCUGGAGGAGGAGCACUGCUCUGUAGUGGAGGUGACAGAGGAGGACAUCCAGAACUCAGUGAAGUUCGUCCCCAGCCUCUCUGCUGUGAUCCUGGUCAAAGCGAUGCUGAGGAAGCGCUCCUUUAGUAAUCCCUUUGAGUGCCCGAGCAGACGAGAAGAGAGGUCCAUGUCAGCGCCUGGCAGCCUGCUCAUGGAUUCGUGGCCCUUCCGGCCCUCUUUAAAACGUCACCCUUCACGCAGAAAAAGCAACACAGAUGGACCCAGAGAAGGCGAGCUGGAGGACCUGCAUGAAGACGAGCCCUCCUCCUGAGUCUUAUUGACCCCCUUUAUGAACAAAGCUUCAUCUUAAAUGCCAUCUGCUUCACAUCCCUUUUGCUGGAACCACUGUGCGCUCACACCUUGUCCACAUGCUUUUUUAAAUCAGUGACAUGAAAAUUGUGUUGUUCAUUAUGCAUGAAUUUAAAAAAAACACAGCAUUUUAAAACAGAAGUAUUACUUAUGUAAAAAAUUCAGAUGCUUAUACUUGCUUUACUUUUUUUUUUUUUUUUUUUUUGCUUCCUUUUAACUUUUUUAUAACAGUAUAUCCAGUUCUCCACCUACAUGGUGGAGCUUCUGGGUCCUGAGUUUGUUUUAAAAAUCUACUGUUGAGACUGAGAGGAACUCUGGAUCAUUACUUGUUUUUUUUUAUUAUUAUUGUUGUUGUUGUGGGAAGAGAUUUGUUUAUCAGCUGGCAUUGCACUUAAAUGUGGUAUAGAAAAGAAAAAAUGUUAUUUCUAUGCAUUGUGAUUAAUUACACAUCAUGGUCAGACUGUCCACAAGCACUUGCCAAUCAUGAGGAGAGGAAACCUCCUUUCAGUACUCGUCUCAUUGACUUCAGCAUGUUCAUGAAUUUUUACUGUGUGAACUAUCAGGGCUUUACAUUUCUGAUCAAAGAUCAGUCAUUUUAUUAUUGUGCAUAAAUGUCUUUAGGGUGUCAUCUGUGUUGUUGCUGCAGUGCUUUUCUCAUAUUUGUGCCAUUGGUAACUUAAACAGUUAAAUCUGGAUAGAAAAGAUUGAAUUCCCUCCCAUGCUUCCUUCACAGAACCUCAACUAGCAGAAUUUUUGGGGGGAGGGUUAGCUGUCUGAGGGGGAUUCUGCAGAAGGGAUGGUGGCUUUGCUUUUAACAGGCACACUUCAGUAGGAAACAGUUUAAUGCUUCUUAUCGUGAAUGUUUGUCUAAUGAUUUCUGCUCUCAAACUCUUGUGAGAAGUAUGCAUUUAAAUUAGUUUCCUUUUAAGUCAUUAGAGUGGAAAAAAAGUUGAAAUAUGAGACUUAACGUCUCUUCAUCUUUACCUCCACUGGUAAUUUUCAUACAGGCUUCAACUAAAUUGCCAAUAUGACCUUUUUAAAUUCAAAUAAACUAAAAGAUGGAUAAGGUUAGUUAGCUAACGCUGUUGGAUGACAGAGGCUGACAUUAUUGUGUAAUGAAAGAGAAAUGCACAUUUUGUGUGACUGAAGCCUGCUGUUUGUUGGGCAGUUUAAAUUGCAAACAAUGAGUUGUGUGGUUAAUUUGGUUUAUUUUGAUCAGCCACAAAAAUAUCUCUUCAUCUUCUGCAGAUUUGCGUUAGUUGGAUGUUUUUAUGCAGCUCAGUUUGGUUCUUUCCUCUCUCGGCUGCCUGGUGCAUCACCCCUGCGAGUUGAAGGGCAUGUUUAGCUGGAGAGCUCGUGCAUCUCAGUAUGAUUAAGCUCAUGCUGCCAACAACAGCACUACUUCCCCUUCCACUUCAGUGGCAUCCCUUGUGUGGCUGAUUAGAGAUGUGAAGUGCAGCCCUUUGUAUUUCCUCCAUUAGUCUUGACCUCAGUGUUCUGCAGUGAGGGAUGAAACUGAAAUAUAGAGUAGCAACGUUGGCUGAUGGAGUCUGAAGGGGAAACAUUUUUACAUGUUAAGCACCAGCUUUAGAGGUUUAUGUUGAAGUCAUAUUUUCUGCUCAUAUUAGAGUUAAUGAUAUUAUUUGAGGAUUGGAGAAUGUGAAACGUUUGUCUUGUUUUUAGCCGAGUAAGAGUUGGAGUAAGACGUCUUGCAUGCUGAGCAGCUUUAACGAAGGGCUGUUUAAACCAAAAAGUGUGACCUGCUGUGAUAUAUUAGCUUUAUAUAUCUGCUUAAAAUGUGUUUUAACUCUCAAAACAAUUAUUUUUUAAAUUCAGCUGUGCAGACAUUUGCCUGCAUGAGGGGUACGAUGCAACAGUCUUUGGGCUACUCAGGCCCCUCGUCCUUUAAUGUAUAUUUUAGUUGUUGAAAAUGAAACACGGAUUAUGUUUUAAAUAUUUGCACUUUUCCACUCACAUAUGAAAAUGGUGGCUACGUUUAACACUGCUGGCAGCCAUAAAGCAUUGUACAGUUUGUGAUAAGAGAAAAGCUGUGGUCCGCCUGUAAAAGACCAUAUUUACUGUAUUUGUCAUGCAUCGCUCUCUGCUGUCGCUCUGCAUGUCACAGCAUUGCUGAUUGCUUUCUGCGGAUUUCUGUGAAAAAAUGUAACUGCUGCAGCACCAAGAAUGAGUUUAAAAUGCUGUUUUUAUUGAGUAUUUACAAUGUGGGGUUGGGGGGGGGACACUGAAUGUUUAACACAGAGAAAAUUACUUUCCUUUUAGAUUUUAAAACUAAAAAGAACCUUGAAAGUACAGUAGCAACUAAAAGAGGCUGAGCUGGGCUGUGGAGAGACCCAGUGAUGGAUGAGCACUACCUGCCAAUAAAAAUAUCUUUGAAUCCCUGCACCUAAAUUUAGUAGAAAACCGUAGGGAAAUUUGUGUUUGGUGGAUUAUGCCUUCGUUGCAAUGAUGCAUCUUGGCUAGAAAUCAUAUACCAUUAGAAAGUCUGUUUAUUUCCCUUUUAAAUGGUGCCAUGUUUGUCAGGAUGGGAUAAGUAGGCUGUACCCAUAUAUAUAUAUAUAUAUACUGUAU